UUGAGCCUACGGGGUUUACAUUAGUAGUUAUGUUGAAAUUAUCCGAUAUGCAAACAAGAUCUGAAAUACAUUGAUAAUUGUUUCUGAAAGUGUUCAUUUAAAUUAUAAUUUUCUCUUAAAUUUAAAAUUAUAAAAUUAGUUUGCAUUUGAGCUAGAAAGUAGGUGGAUAAGGAAAGAAGAUAUAACUUUGUUCCCUCCAGUUCAGCCAUUAUUACCGCCUUUCACGGCACUCCUAUAAAAAGGCACGUGCGCGCAAACUUGUAUCGCCAUAGUUACGAGGAGGUACGUACGAGGAACAACGGUGACGCCAUUAGUGGGUAUUGUCUUUUGUUAGGAGCGGUUCCGGUUAAUUCAGUGAAAGUUAUAAUCUUUGCUAACAUAAAAUGAGUAAUCCAAAGGUAUUUUUCGAUGUCACUGCUGGCGGCCAACCGUUGGGUAGAAUUGUUAUGGAACUAUUCCAAGAUGUAGUACCCAAGACAGCAGAAAACUUCAGGGCACUGUGUACUGGUGAGAAAGGAUUUGGUUACAAAGAAAGCACAUUCCACAGGGUUAUCCCAAACUUUAUGUGCCAAGGUGGUGACUUCACCAAACAUAAUGGCACUGGUGGAAAGUCUAUUUAUGGCGAAAAGUUUGCUGAUGAGAACUUCACCUUAAAACACAAUGAACCAGGUAUUCUUUCUAUGGCCAAUUGUGGACCUAACACAAAUGGGUCUCAGUUUUUCCUUACAACUGUGAAGACCUCAUGGUUGGAUGGUAAGCACGUGGUAUUUGGCAAAGUUGUGGAGGGGAUGGAUGUGGUGAAGAAAGUUGAAAACUAUGGUAGCCAGAGUGGAAAGCCAUCAAAGAAGAUUGUUAUUGCUGAUUGUGGACAGCUUUGAAGUUCUUGGUUGAACUAAAACAUUCCUUACGUGGUUUCAUCUAACAUAAUUGCUUUGUUUUACACUUAAGUCACUUUUUUUUUUCAACCUUGUAAACUAAUUAAGUAGUUUCUGCAUCUGAUAGCUUUAUAGUUAAAACAAACUUUAGAAUAUAAUACAAAUAAUGUUCUAUUUCUUCUCAACCAAGUAGUCUUCUUAGAUGUUAAAUCACGACCGCCUUGAAUCUGGAUUUAUGUAAUAAUAAAUAAAGUCUAGUGACAGUUACAAUGUG